CCCUGCAUUUCUACAGUUUGACUUAAAAUCUAGAAAGAUGAGUAUUUAAAUGACCAAUUUUUCUAUCAUAUAAUUCUAAAAAUUUUCUUAUUGUUUAAUAAAAUUAUAAUGGUAUUGGAUAGACGUUAUUGAUAAAAAUGUAAUUUUUUUAUUGAUAGAAAAUUAUCUAUAUGACUACAUUCAACUUGAUGCGUUGUAGAACUGUUCCACGAAAGCCUGAGAUACGAUCAAUAAUUCGAGUUUGAGUAGACAUUUCUUGCUCAGCAUCCAUAUUUAGUGAAAUGUUUUGGUGUCACAUUUAUUCAAAAUUCAUGUAAAGAAGUAUAAUGUGCCGAACAUCAACUACUAUUUUUCAUUGCUUGAUUAAAUUUAUAGUUUUUUAUAAAGAAGUGAAAUUAUUCCACAGUGUAGUUUACUAGUUGGAUAAGUUUUAUCUUAUCUCACUGUCUAUGAACUCAAUUAACAUAAACAAAUGUUAUUUUAUGAUGAAUUUAUAAGUUAAGAAAAGUGAUUUUGUAUUCCAUCAGAAAUUUAUAUACAUAAACAACAAUGGCUGAUGACGAAUCAGUUUCUAAAAUGAAAAGACAAAAUGUUCGAACACUGUCAUUAGUUGUGUGUACAUUUACGUAUUUACUAAUUGGAGCAGCUGUUUUUGAUGCACUUGAAUCUGAUACAGAGCGCAAACGAUGGGAAUAUUUAUCAGAGAUUCGACGAAAUAUGAUGAGAAAAUACAAUAUCUCUCAGGAAGAUUAUAGGAUGGUUGAAGUAAUGAUAAUAGAAAAUAAACCAAACAAAGCUGGACCUCAAUGGAAAUUUGCUGGUGCAUUCUAUUUUGCAACUGUAGUACUUGCUAUGAUAGGAUAUGGUCAUUCGACUCCAGUAACAGCAUGGGGUAAAGCUUUUUGUAUGGUUUAUGCAAUGGUUGGCAUCCCAUUAGGGUUGGUUAUGUUUCAAAGUAUUGGUGAACGUUUAAAUAAAUGUGCCUCAGUGAUAAUUAGAAGAGCAAAAAAAUAUAUGAAAUGUCAUAGAACUGAGGCAACAGAAAUGAAUCUUAUGUUUGCCACGGGAAUGCUUUCAAGUAUUAUUAUCACAACUGGUGCUGCUGUAUUUUCACGAUAUGAGGGAUGGAGUUAUUUUGAUAGUUUUUAUUAUUGUUUUGUAACAUUGACUACCAUUGGAUUUGGCGACUACGUAGCUCUACAGAAUGAUCAUGCAUUAUCAACGAAACCAGGAUAUGUUGCUUUAAGUUUAGUAUUUAUUUUGUUCGGGUUAGCAGUUGUAGCAGCCAGUAUUAAUUUGCUAGUUUUACGUUUUAUGACAAUGAAUGCUGGAGAAGGUCUUAGAGAUGAUAAUGAGAUUCAAGCUACAUCACAUCAUGUUCUCACACUUGAUGGUGAGGUUGUAGCUGUAAAUGGAAAAGUUUUGGCAAGUCAUAUACCAAUGAUACAUGAUACAGAUGAUUGUGUGAGUGUGUGUUCAUGUACGUGCCUUGGAACCGCUAAUACUGAACUUUUUGAUCCUUCUGGUUAUCAAGGCUACAGACCGCCUUCAAGUACUACAAGUCUACGUUUGAAAAGGGCAUCAGUUUGAUAAAGUCUUUUACUAUAAUUUAUAUAUAUUGAAAGUGAUAAGUCCUUUAUAAUAUUAAUACUGCUAAAAUGUCUAACAUUGAAGGGUCUUUUUACUAUAUAUAAUUAGUAGUCUAGAAAACUUGAAAAUGGAAUUAAAUAUGUGUAAAGAUAUUUUGUUAUGAUUGAAAAAAA